AUGGGUACAUUCAAGGAUACAAAACAAGAUUUUGUUGCUCCUCAAAGAUCUGAAUUAGAAUAUGGAAUUAGGGUUCCACCUUGCGACGCUGAAUGUUUUGAAGGUGAUUAUAAAUCCUGGCCUACUUUUCGUGAUAUGUUCCAAGCAAUUUACAUAGCUCACCCCCGACUUAGUGAUGUAGAAAAGUUAUUCCAUUUACGCCUUAAAACUAAGAAGGAAGCUCAUGACAUUGUUGAAAAGUUUUCACUGACGGCAGAUAAUUUUAAGCUAGCGUGGGAUGCAUUAAAAUCUCAGUACGAGAAUAAACGCAUCUUAAUUAACACACAGCUUAAAGCACUUUUUUCUAUACCGUCUAUCUCAACUGAAAGCGGCUCAGCUUUGAGAAAACUUCAUAGAACCGUUUGUGAUUGUCUAGGGGUCCUUUCAAGCUAUGGUGUUAAAACCGAUAAUUGGGAUCCGAUUCUUAUUUUUAUUAUUUCUCAAAAGAUCCCUGAAAACACUUUGUUUCUUUUUGAGCAAAGUCUACCGAAAGAAAAUGAAAUUCCUACAUGGAAAUCUUUGGAUGAUUUUCUUGCUUCGAGAUACAAGAUACUUGAAUCUGUUGAAGAAGUCAAGCAAUGUCCCCGUAAAAGUGCGAAUCAAUCAUCCAAUUUAAAUUCCAAAAAGGUAAACUCUUUUCAUGUUGAACAAAAGAAUUUCAGUUGUAAGGUAUGCAAUAGCAAUCAUCCCUUGCGUUCAUGCAAGAAAUUUUUGGACAUGGAUGUUUCAUCUCGUCGUAAAGUAGUACAAUUCCAAAAGUACUGCUACAACUGCCUUGCACUCACACAUGCGGUAUAUGAGUGUAAAAGUAAAGUUUCUUGCGACAAGUGCGGUAGAAGGCACCACAGUUUGCUUCAUUUUUCCCAACAAAAUCAAUCAUCUCAGGAUACAAGAUCAACUCCUCUAUCUCAAACUCCUCUUGCUGCCACCCCCACCCCCAUACAGUCCACUUCGAAAAUAGAACAACAAACAACGCUGGAUUUAGAAAAGGAUAUAAAUUCUAAUUCGUCUACACUUAAAAGUUUCCUUGUUAACCAGCAAAAGAAUAUUUUAUUAGCUACAGCUUUGGUUAAAAUUAAUGUUCAUAAUCAAACCAUUCUUUUGAGAGCUUUAAUCGACCCUGGUUCUGAAGCUACUUAUAUUUUACAAUCCGUAGUGAACCGAUUUAAGCUUUUUACACGGUCAACCAAUGCAUCUAUUUGUGGCAUUGGACAAGUUCAAAGCGAAUUUUCAACGAGUAUGUGUCCUCUCACGCUCGAAUCUCGCAUCAACCCUGAUGUACAUAUACCGGUUUCGGCCGUUGUUUUGAAAAAGCUGACAGGAAAUUUGCCAUCGCAGUCUGUUGACGCAUCAAACUUGGUUGAGCUCAAGGGAUUACGAUUGGCAGAUCCUAACUUCGAUAAACCCGCUUCGAUAGACAUUUUGAUCGGAGCAGAUAUCUACCCUCUUAUUCUACGUGAAGGUGUUAAGAAAGAAAAGGACUUUUCACCAAUUGCUCAAAAUACGGUUUUCGGAUGGGUUCUUUCUGGACCAUGUGAAGUUGAAAAACAAAUUCACAGAUUUUGGGAACUCGAAGAAGUUCCAGAAAUAAAACCCUUUUCUAACGAAGAUAAAUUUUGUGAAAAAUUGUAUACGGAUACAACAACUCGCAAUCUAGAUGGCAGCUAUACAGUGAAACUUCCAUUUAAGCCUCACCUAAAUAUAUCGGAUUUAGGUCUUUCCAGAAGUAGUGCAGUUUUACAAUUUCUGCGACAAGAAAAGCGUCUUCUUUGCGAUAUAUCGCUCAGAGAAGAGUAUAACAAAGUUCUGAACGAAUACAUUUCUUUGAAGCACAUGACUCUUAGGUCAAAAGGUGAAUUAAAUCUGUCCAGACAGCACUUUUAUUUGCCGCACCAUGCUGUGGUAAAACCGGACAGUGCUUCAACAAAGGUUAGAGUCGUUUUUAACGCAAGUGCUUCUACCAACAAAGGACAUAGCCUAAACGAUUUUUUGUGUACCGGUCCUGCUCUUCAAAAUGAUCUACAUACUAUUUUAUUAAAAUGGCGACAGUAUCCCUAUGUUUUUAAUAGCGAUAUCGAGAAAAUGUAUCGCCAAAUACAUGUUCACCCCGAUCAUCAUAGAUUCCAAAGAAUAAUUUUUCGAUCGUCAAAUUCAGAAUCAGAUUUGGCUGAUUUUGAAAUUAAUAGGGUUACUUUUGGAGUUAACUGUGCUCCAUAUUUGGCAAUCCGAACAUUACAUCAACUUGCCUCUGAUGAAGGAAACCAAUAUCCUUUAGCAAAGGAUAUGGUAUUGUCAGAUUUUUAUGUGGACGACGUUUUUUCUGGAGGGUUCGAUCUAGAUACUGUUGUUCAAGCUCAAACUCAGUUAAAUGCACUUCUUUUGUCCGGAGGGUUUUGCUUGAAAAAAUGGACUGCAAACCACCCUCGCUUGUUGGAAAACAUUCCUAGGGGGGAUGUUUUAGACCAACACUUUCUUAUGUUCGAUGAGAAUUCACAUUCGAAAGUUCUAGGUAUAGGGUGGAAUGCAAGGGAAGAUUGCUUCUAUAUUCGAUGUAACCUAUUUUCUUCAACAACUGUUUUGACUAAACGUGAGCUUUUUUCAAAUAUAGCUAAAAUAUAUGACCCUAUAGGUUGGCUUGCGCCAACAACAAUUUUAUUAAAGAUUUUAUUGCAAGAUGUCUGGAAAGACAAAACCGAGUGGGAUGCGCCCAUAAAAUCAACUCGGUUAGAGACAUGGAAAGAUUUUGUGAAAUCCUUUCCUAUAAUAAAGGAUAUCAGAAUUCCAAGAUGGAUCAAUUAUACUCCAGACAUGUGUGUUGAAAUACACGGCUUUUGCGAUGCAUCUCUAAGUGCAUAUGCUGCUGCUGUCUACUCUAGGAUUUCAGAUUCAUCUGGAAAUGUGUUUAUAAACCUUCUUUGCUCAAAAACAAAAGUGGCUCCCCUAAAAGCCAUUUCCAUACCUCGGCUGGAGCUUUGUGGAGCUGUUUUGCUAACAAGGUUAGUAAACGCUGUACAAAGUAGUCUACGCCUGAAAAACUAUCAUGUUUACCUUUGGACGGAUUCAAUGAUUGUCCUUUAUUGGAUUCGUGACUGCCCAUCUCGACUGGAAACGUUUGUCCGAAACCGGGUCUCUAAAGUACAAACUGAGAGUCCGCCAGGUUGUAUUUGGAAACAUGUUCCUUCUGAACACAAUCCAGCUGACAUCGCUUCCCGGGGUGUAAUGCCUCAGAAUUUAAUAAACAAUGACCAAUGGUGGCAUGGUCCAAGUUGGUUAAAGAAUUCCCAGGAAACUUGGCCAAUAACGAAGAUUCAAAAGGAUCCCAAUUGGAACCUUGAAAUCAAACAAAUUAAAAGCUUUGUAGAACUUCAAACCCAAAUUAUGGGAACACUUCCCCCCGAAAGGGUUAACUAUUCCUUUCCAUUCACUCAUGUUGGAUUGGAUUUCGCUGGCCCCUUUGAACUAAAGGUUCAAAAGGGUCGGUUCUAUCAAGCAGUAAAAGGUUAUGCUUGUCUUUUUAUUUGUCUCUGUACAAAAGCUGUACAUUUAGAAGCGGUAGGAAGUCUCUCAACGGAGUCGUUUUUAGCUGCUCUUGAUAGAUUUGUCGGUCGUAGAGGUGUUCCCCAACAACUUUUCUCUGAUAACGGCACCAAUUUUGUUGCUGCUAAUAAAAUAUUAAAAAAGGAGUUGAAAAAAGCCGUAUCAGAAGCUACAUUGGAAGCUGAAAAACUCUAUCUACCAAAGAAUUUGAAGUGGAAUUUCAUUCCACCAGGUUCUCCUCAUAUGGGUGGUCUAUGGGAAGCUGGUAUAAAGUCGUUUAAAACACACUUUAAGAAGGUUGUUGGAAACUCCAGGCUAACGUUUGAAGAGUUUUCCACACUGCUUGUUAAAAUUGAGUCAUGUAUGAAUUCCCGCCCUAUUUCUCCGAUUAGUGAGAACCCUUCUGACCCUCUUCCCUUAACACCGGGACAUUUUUUAAAAGGUGCACCCUUGCUCUCCUUACCCGAAAGCCAAGUUGGCGAAAUUGAAAAACUAAGGAAUUGGGAAAGAGUCCAGCAAAUUUUAUACUCUUUUUCAAAACGAUGGAAGGAGGAAUAUUUGAAGAACAAAGUGGAAAUUUCCUAA